AUGGCCGCCUCUGUCUCCGCGGCUGCCGCUGUCGCGCUUGACAGCUCCAAAAACACUUUGAAACUCGAGAAUACAGAGAAAAGAGAUACGCUCAUUGCUCUGGAGAAGAAAUACCAGGCAGUAUGGAAGGAGAAAAAGGUCUUCGAGGUGGAUGCUCCAUCUCUCUCAGAAAUCCCCGCGCAAAGCAUGACAUCGGCCGAGCUGCACGAGAAGUACCCAAAGUUCUUUGGAACCAUGGCUUUCCCCUAUAUGAAUGGAACUCCCCAUGCCGGACACAGCUUCACGGCGAGCAAGAUUGAAUUUAUGACCGGAGUUGCACGAUUGGAAGGAAAACGGGCUUUGUUCCCCCUUGGAUUCCAUUGUACUGGUAUGCCUAUUCGCGCGUGUGCGGACAAGCUGGUGGACGACAUAAAAAAAUUCGGCAAAUAUUUUGAGAAUUAUAAGGAGGAGGAGGAAGUUGAUGCUAUACCUGCUCCAACUCAGGAGAUUGCUAAAGAGGACCUGUCGAAGUUCUCUGGUAAAAAGAGCAAAGCUGCCAGCAAAGCAGUUAAGCUGAAAUACCAAUUCCAAAUUAUGAUGGCUCUUGGCAUACCCCUUGAGGAAGUUCACAAAUUUGCGGAUCCAGAGCAUUGGCUUCAGCACUUCCCACCCCUCUGGAUUAGAGAUCUUGACAGUAUGGGCGCAAGAGUAGACUGGAGAAGGCAGAUGGUAACAACUGAUGUCAAUCCCUACUUUGAUUCCUUCGUUCGUUGGCAGAUGAUCCGUUUGCAUGAAAUGGGCAAGAUUCUCUACGGGAGCCGGUACACAAUCUAUUCGCCAAAGGAUGGACAACCUUGCAUGGACCAUGACAGACUUGAUGGAGAGGGUGUUGGGCCCCAAGAAUAUACUGCAAUGAAACUCAAGGUCAAGGAGUGGUCUCCAAAGGCAAAGGAGAUCGUCCAGGGAAAAAUUGAAGAGGAUGCCAACGUUUAUUUUGUCCCUGCAACAUUGCGGCCCGAGACCAUGUAUGGACAGACUUGCUGUUUUGUGGGCCCUGCCAUAUCAUAUGGCAUUUUUAAGGUUAAGGAGAAGGAAUACUACGUUGUUACGAAGAGAGCAGCUUGGAACAUGGCGUUCCAGGGUAUCUUUUUCGAUGUUAACAACCUUCCCAAAUCCCAGGAUGAACUUCCUCCAGUUGUUGAAGCCCCUGGUUCUGCACUCAUUGGCACUCUUGUCGAUGCUCCACUUUCAUUCCACAAAGAGGGUGUUAGAAUUCUUCCCAUGGAAACCGUGUCUGCUAACAAGGGAACUGGUGUUGUUAGCUGUGUGCCAUCUGACAGUCCUGAUGACUUUGCAACCAUUUCAGACCUUGCAAAGAAAGCCGACUACUACGGCAUUCAGAAGGAGUGGGCGGAGCUUGAAAUCCACCCACUAAUUGAAACACCAACUUAUGGCAAUCUCACAGCUCCAGCUCUAGUGAAGCAGCUGAAGAUAAACUCGCCAAAGGACACCGUCCAGCUUGCUCAAGCCAAGGAUCUAGCAUAUACGGAGGGUUUCUACAAAGGCAAAAUGCUUGUUGGUGAAUUCAAGGGGGAGCCAGUUCAAACCGCUAAAGAGAAAGUUCGCAAUUCUCUCAUUAAGAGCGGUGACGCCUUCCCAUUUGCUGACCCUAUGGGCAAAGUCACGAGUAGAAGUGGUGAUGACUGUGUUGUUGCAUAUCUUGGCCAAUGGUUCCUCAAUUAUGGUGAAAACGACCCUGAAUGGCAGAGCACCACGCUCAAGUAUGUGACAGAUGAUUUGAAUACCUACUCUGAAGAAACACGACACGGUUUCGAAAAGAAUCUCGACUGGCUCAACCGCUGGGCUUGUGCUAGAACUUACGGUUUGGGAUCCAAACUACCCUGGGACCCCCAGUUCCUCGUUGAGAGUUUGAGUGACAGUACUAUAUACCAGUGCUAUUACACCAUCUCUCACCUUCUCCACGCAGACCGAUAUGGAAAGGAGCCUGGCAAGCUUGGCAUCAAACCCGAGCAAAUCACCAAUGACAUUUGGGAUUAUAUCUUCGCCAGACGUGAACUUGACGAUGAUCUAGUCCAGAAGAGUGGAAUCAGCAAGGAAUCUCUUUUGACUCUAAGGCGGGAAUUUGAAUAUUGGUAUCCACUGGAUGUUCGAAUUUCAGGGAAGGACCUUAUCCAAAAUCAUCUUACAUUCUUCCUCUACGUCCACAUUGCCUUAUUCCCGCGAGAGUACUGGCCUCGAGGUGUACGAGCCAACGGACAUCUACUUCUCAACGGAGAAAAGAUGAGCAAGAGCACUGGAAACUUCUUAACCCUUAGGGAUGCAGUUGAUAAGUACGGUGCAGAUGCCACCCGUAUCGCUUUUGCGGAUGCUGGUGAUGCCAUUGAAGAUGCAAACUUUGAUGAAACCGUGGCCAACAGCAAUAUCCUCCGCAUGUACACUCUUAAAGAGUGGAUUGAGGAAACCGUUGCAGACAAGUCUCUCCGCACUGGACCUACAGAUGCAUUCUUGGACAAAGUAUUUGAUAAUGAAAUGAACGCACUUGCAAGAGAGGCAAGGAAACACUAUGCCGACACCAAUUUCAAACUAGCUUUGAAGUCUGCCCUUUACGAUUUCACUAGUGCAAAGGACUUCUACCGUGAGGUGGCCACCGCUUCCGGUAUUGGCAUGCACCGUGACCUGAUUCUUAGAUAUGUCGAGCUACAAGCUCUCUUGAUAAGCCCAAUUGCACCUCACUGGGCGGAACAUAUGUGGCUUGAUGUUCUUAAAAAGACGGACUCUAUCCAAAAUGCUCGCUUUGCCGAUGUUCCCGAGCCUGUCCCUGGCCUAUCAGCAGCUCUUGUCUAUAUCCGUUCCACAACCUCGAACAUUACUUCUUCGGAAGCAGCCUUCAUUAAGAGAAUCUCGAAGGGCAAGAACGUUAAAUUUGACCCCCGAAACCCUAAGAAGAUUACCAUCUUUGUUUCCAGGAAGUUCCCAGCAUGGCAAGAUAAAUACAUUGAACUUGUCCGUGAAGCCUUUGACGCUGUCAACUUAACUAUCGAUGAUAAGGGACUCAACGCCAAAGUUGGCAAGUUGGGUGAGAUGAAGAAAGCAAUGCCCUAUGUUCAAACUUUGAAGAAACGUUUGAUUCAAGGCAAUGAGAAGCCGGAGGAUGUUUUCAGCCGAGAAAUGCCCUUUGAUGAGGUACAAGUUCUCCAUGACAUUACCGGGAACUUGAAGAAGGUUACGGGAGCCAAGGAGGUUGAGAUCAUCGCCGUUGAAGAGGGUGGGAACGCAGGAACCAAUUUUGAAGGGAUUAGGAAAGAAGGGCUGUCCCCUGUUGCACAGAGCGCAGUCCCUGGACAACCCAGCUUUAACUUUGAGAAUAUUGAGGCUGCUGCAUGA